AGCGCGACACUCAAUUAUCGAUUCUCAGUUCUUCCCAAGGCUUGGUUUGGUAAGGUUCAUUGCCAAAGUCCCAAUCUGCGUGCUAUUGGUAUCACAUCUCUGUCAGCGCUCGCCCUGACACACUUAAUUAAUUUCUGUCACACGCAUUGACAGUAAGGUCUUUCUCCGCACCGACAUAUUCUGUCGACUCGAAGACAUACUUGUCACAAGCAAGCGCCUCCAAGGGAAUCACCUCGCAUCUUGUGUUACUAAAAAGAGUGAGGUCUUGGGACAUCUGCUUUUGUCACCGAUGAACCAAAACAUUCCUUCCCGCCAAAACGCUCCGAGCAGACGACAACGUUCCGGGUCCAUUGAGCUGCAGAUCGCUGGCUUACGGUCAUAUCGGGCCGCUCAGUUUAAGCGGUGGUCAGUUAUCCAGCGUCUGUGUAUUUGAAUCCGUACAAUAGCACGGUAAAAAUAGCGAACAGAGCUAAGCCGUGGGGAAACCCAAAGCAUCUCUAUUUUCUCGGCUCCUCAGCGAGUGCAGCGAGCGCCGCAUCAUCCCUGCAUCCCGUUCUGGCUUCACAGCGGUGUGUUCCAAGUUCGCACCUGGAAACUAACUAACUUCGGAACUAUGCCAACGGAAGAAACAGAAAUGGCGCCGACAGUAGCGAUCGAGACGGUGGUGAUCGUUCGCCCGUUAAAGGUCAUAUCAGUCCUAUGUGGAUGUGUUGCUGUGAUGUUGCUGAUGCUGUCGAUAGCAGCAACGACAUGGCUGGAGGCCGACGGUUUUCGCGAGGGAUUGUGGGAAAAAUGCAAAUGGCGCGAUAGGAUAAACCAACAAGUCGACUGCGAAAAGAAUUAUCCAAGAGCAUGGAUCCAGGCGUGCAGGACAAUGUGCUUGCUGUCGCUAGCCACCUGUCUCGUCUCCAUUGUAGUGGCGUGUAUAGGAUUAAGGACGGACAAUUUCCGCUCCAAGUACACAUAUUACAAAGCAGCUUUGUCUAUCAUGUUUAUAGCAGCUUUGUUUGAAGUCAUCGCUCUCAUCAUCUUCCCCGUGAAGUUUCUGGAAGAAGUAAGUCUAGAACGCUCUCACCACAAAUGGGAGUUCGGCUGGGCAUACGGGGUUGGCUGGGGGUCAGCCAUCUUCAUGUUCGGUGCCGCCAUCUUACUAUUGAUAGACAGGGAGAGUGAGGAAGUCAUCUAUAGGGAAAAGACGAUUUAUAAUAAAGAACCCGAACCAGAAGAGGUGUGAAACUAACGAUUCUUCCAUGGAACAAAAACAAACUACCCGACAGUCUUUCCUAAUGUGUGUGUCCCGAAUCCCAGGGGAAUAUCCAGACACCCUGUUAGAGUGUGAUGUAGAGUGUGUUGUCGCUGAUGGGAUGUUCAGAGGAAAGCAUGCUGAGGACCAUGUCGUUUAAUGGUCAUGCAUUUGAAGGUUGCAAAGACUAAACUGAACCAGCAUACAGAGAAAAUGGUAAUUUUAACAUCCAUGAUAUGAAGGAUUAUACUCGUGCCACGCCUGUGCUGUUAUGUCAGCGCACGUCUAUAUAACACGUAAGCGCCAGAGAAUAACUGGUCUCAAUUAUCCGACGGAGCAGAUUCCAUUGGGCAUAACGGCGGUGAACAUAAUAUGAAUGGAUCACUGAAAAUCAGUGAUGAUGAAAAGUGUUAGCAUAUCCUGCCGUACAGGUAGCAACUCAAGUGUGUUCGUGGGUUUCAAAUGUGAGCUGUGUUAUUCAGAAAGGAAAUACCGAGACAACAUCAGUAUCAAAUGUUGCAACUAUGUAUCUGUGUGUCCAUCCAUCACAGGGCCCUAAUGGAUAUUUUAUCUGCAUGAAUAGUCCUUCAGCAAUGACAUAUAUGGGAUGGUUUCCAGGGAGUGCCAUAUAACAUGAUGAGAUUUCUGGUAGAUCGAUGUCCAACUGCUGAUAGCGCGUGUGGUGUUUGACAUUAAAUAAGUGCACAAACGAGACCAGAAACUUGGACCUGUUACGAGAUAAUGAACCACAACAUGCUGAAGGAUUGCUUUCUGUCCAAGCUUUGAUCAGAUUCUGGACGAAAUUAUUUGCAUCUUUUUAACCACAAUUGGAAUUUGAUUCAAAUCGACAAAUUUAAAACAGAUGCAUGCUAUCCAAUUGAGAGGCCAUCAUUCUCUGAAUUUCUCGCCUUUGUUACUAACAUCAUCAAGUAACGCCACAACAUCUGUACUGCUACUACCGUCUGUAUUCGUCCAGAAACGACACAUCUCUGUUGAGUUGAGUCCUAUACCGGAGAGCUCUCAUGCAGUAAACUGUUACUGUUAUACAUGUAGCUUAUGGCUCCGACAAUUAACAAUGGGAUCAAAAAACUUUCUCAAGAAAUAGGUUUCCGUGAGCUUAUAACAUUAUAUCUUAUUUCAUUCGGGGCAGAUAAAUAAGUCAAUGGCUUCAGUCGAGGGCCGAAGAAAAUGAGAGCUCAUAUGCUAAAAGGUUGUUUAAAAUGGGGCGGACAUCAACAUCAACACGAGGAAUAGCGUGAGCAUUACAGUAUCAAAGACUACGUCAAGGAACGAGGGACAGGGAUGAAUACAUGGGGCAAUACUAUCCUUUGAGGAUGAGAACUUAUCGCCCAAAAUGAAACUUCACAAUACUUUCGUAGUCUCCAGAAAUGUGUGUUUCCUUCCUUGUUUUUAUAAACUUAUUUUGUCGAAUUUGUUGUAUUUCUUAAAGAUACUGUGUUUAACAAGUAUUUAUACCGUGCGACUUGUUGGAUCUUCCUUGCCAUCAUCUCUUUAUAUCCUUCGUGUUUGUUGCAGAAGUGUUUUCGUUCAAGUGUAAGCAAAGGGGUGAGAUUGUCAACAUUGUCUGUGACAGGACAACGAUAUUCACUAUCCAAUAAAUUGUCUCCAACCAUAUUCAUUUUCAAGAACAAAAAGAGCAAAUAUUGCAUGUUCGCACGAAUGUAAAGUUUAUAUCAGGGUGCUUGUGCGAAUGAUCAGAUUCUUUUAUAUGACAGUUUGUAGACGUUUAAGUAUAAAGUUGUUUGGUAUUAUGAUGUUGGCAUAAUACUUCAAGAGACUGUGCAACACUGUCUAGAUAUUAUAUGACACUUCAUUAACUAGUGCAUCGCAACCUUUAAUAGAAAAGUGGACACAGUGGUCUGCGAGGUCUCUCCCGAUUCGGACUGUUUCUUAUCACGUUACAUGUUAUCUUUUCAAAAUGGCCUCCAUUCUGUAGCACACGUCGUGACUCUUAUUCUCUGUCAAUAACCAAAUGGUAAUCGGUUGAUGUAGACCUAAGUCUUCGUAAACAAGCGUGAUAAGGACAAAGGUUCAUAGAUAAAAAAGAACGACAAAUGUUGAUAAAAAAAAUUCUUCAGCGAGAUAGAGGACGAAUACAAAUAGUCUUCAAGUGUGAAUUCAGUCAUAAAUACAUGUACAUUAGUUACAAAUGUCAACCCAAUUUGUCUACAUAUAAAUGCUCCUGUUUUAAAGGAUCUAUUCAUGGUUUUUUUCAUUUGAUGUUGGCAUGACAAUGUGUUGUCGUGAAUGAUCAGUUUUGCCUCAAUAUGCAUUCUACUCCUUCUGAACACGACAUGCAUCGGGUUUUUAGAUAUUCCAACUCAAUAAACAAAACCAACGUCACGAUGGAGCAUUAAAGCAACAGUUGGAUUCCGUGUACAUGGCAAUAGCAUUGCAUGACUGAUUAUAGUAUUUGCAUGGCAAGUGAACAGAAGAACAUUCAGUCGUAUAUAAGGCAUUUCCAGUGUUUGCAAUGUACAACGUACAAUGUGUGUAGGUCUUCAUCUCUGUGUGUACUCCAGCCAUCCAGUCAGUCACCACAAUGGAAAAUGCAGACCAUGUUGCUAUAAUAUUUACGUAACUAUUAUGACUGGCCUCUGGUAACAGUCGUAACAUCUUGAUGCUGUACUGAUUAUGUGCAUUGUAUUGUGCAUUUUGUGACUAUUGUGUUUGGAUAUGAAAAGGUAGGAUACAUUAAUGUAUUAUACAAUAUUCAAAGAAUUUUCAGGAUGUUAAAUUGAAGUUACCCAUUUGCAAAAUUGCACUGUAAAACAUAUGGUAUUAAAUAACAACGACAUAUUAUACGUCUAAGCCCACUCUAUUAUGUAUAACGCCGUGAUAUGAUUGAUGUACUGUUCAGACGGGCUUAUUUUUCAACUAUUUACUAUAUUUUGAAAUCAUGGUCUUAUAAUAUUCACCCUCAGCAGUUUUUGUCGUGAAGCUAAUUGGGGAACAGGGUGACCAGCAGCUGAUUCAAUGAGCAAUGUUGGAAACCCACAUUCGACCUGUCAUAAUCUUUGGUCAGUCAGGACCAUACCUGUGCAUGUGGGUUUCCAUGGGCGGAAAACAUUUACGGCCUUCAUCAUUUGGACUUUCUGCAACAUCAAGCUGACACGCACUAACACAACUGAAAUACUGUUCACAUCGGCUUUCAAGCCAAAUUGAUCUCAUUGUGACUGUUUCUACUUUUUCAUGAUAAUUCCUCAGACAUAAGUGUACAAUGUGGAUUGGUUUUAUAUAUGGUCAUAGCAUAGCAAAACAGUACAUUUCUUCAUGCAACACUUCCCCUGGGGAUCUUUUCCAGCUGUAGAAACUAACAGUUUCAGCUAGUCCUUAAAAUGAAAACAUAUAGCAAAACCCUUAAAAAUGGCAAAUUUCUCCUUUUAGGAUACCUUAACUAUUUGGCAGGUUGUCAAGGACUAGGACUAGUGCUAAUUUCUGACGCUGUUUUCUAUUGAUUUUCGCGGCAAUAAUAUUACGAUUAUGAACUUCAGGCGUUAAUUCAAUUGGAGAAAUAUGUUUUCAAAGUGCAUGAAAGUUACUUAAAUACUUUAGGAAAGAAAUAUCAUUUUUCUUCCCUCAGGUGCUAACAGACAACGCGUAAUCUACAGAUUGAUUUGUGUAAGCUUUCGAGGGAGUAUUAUGUUGUUCUUCCCCAAUCGUUCGAUGAAUGAAAUUGCCAAACAAUGGGCAACAUUAUUCCUUUUGUUAUGUGACCUCACUUCAAGCAUACCAUCAAUUACAGUCAACAGUACAAACAUCCCCCAGUAAAGUGUCAUGCGGGUCUUCUCUUUCCACCAACUCAGAGUUUUCUUAUCUGUGUAUUGUACAAACACCAACAUUUGUAUGUUUUCUGGAUGUUGGACAAUAAUAAAUAAACAUCAUGUU